UAACAAAACUGCAUGCCUAGCCACCUGGCCUUCUUUCUGUGUGUGUGUGUUUUCUUUUGGAAGCAGUGUGGCAUAGAUGACACUUGCCAUUAAUCUCUUCCUACAAAAAAAUAUGCAAGCCCAGCUCAUUUCCAGUGCAUGAUAAUCAUUAAGACUCCCAUGAGUGAACCUCUGAUACUUUUUUAGCCAAUGAUUAACCUUAAGCCCUCCUUCCCCCUUAUGCAUUUGGAUUAAAAGGGAAUAUGGAGAGAGAAAGCAGUAGGCAUGAGUGGUGCAUUCUCUAACUCUAUGGACUAAAGAGUGGAGUCAUUUGACAAAUAGUUCAGGAGCAGCACGCCAGGCAGUGAGGAGAUUGAUUUUAUUAGGGUUAGAAGAGAAAGAGAGGUUCUGUCAUGUGACCAGGCUGAAUUCAGGAUGUUUAUAAGCUUCAUCAUUCUGCUUUUACUGGUGCCAGCAAUGGUUGUAUGGUACAGACAGCAGCUAUUGACUUUUCCAUUUAUUCAGCUCCAUACUCUUCUCUGUUCUAGGAAGUCUGCUGUAAUUAGAGUUUGUAGUGUUUUCUUGUACAGGAGUCUAGUGUUUAGAGUAAGGCUUUACUUGUCAAGACUUUAAGAGUCCAUCUGUGACUCCAUAUUCAUAUGACCCAGGGUAAGUCAUAUAACCACAGUUUUGAUUCAGGUUCCGAGCCUGGAAACCAGUACCAACCUCAGAGAGCUUCAUUCACUUGAUUAAGAUCUUUGGAUAAAUGUUGUUUUAAUAGGAGAAAACACUAUAAUUCACAUUUUCAUUAAGCCAUAAAUGCCCACCCUUUAAUCUAGAUAGAGAACAGAUGUGGAAGGAUAAAAUUUCUCUGUCAGUCUCAUUUCGUAUAGCACUGAUACCUGUAUGUUCUAUUAAAAAAAUCUCCAGGGCAGUAGCUGGGAACAUGGGUAAGUGAUUUCCAGGUGUUCUGGGUAGCACACAUCUUGGGACAGUAACCUGUUAAGUACUGAGCAGGGACUGGCAACAGCAGAGCAGCAUCAUGCCCCUCUUUGCCAUACACAACCGGCAGAUCAGCUGGACUCCGCUGCUGGUACUGGGGUAUCUCUUUUACCUCCUUCUGGGCGCUAUGGUGUUCCAGCUGCUGGAGAAGCAGGCAGAGACCCACUUUCGGGACCAGUUCCAGCUGGAGAAGCUCAGCUUCCUGCAGAACUACACGUGCUUGGACAGACAAGCCCUGGAGAAGUUUGUACAGGUCCUCAUGGAAGCAUGGGAAAAAGGGGUCAACCCAGAAGGAAACUCCACAAAUCCCAGCAACUGGGACUUCAGCAACUCCUUCUUUUUUGCAGGAACUGUUGUCACCACUAUAGGUUAUGGUAACCUGUCCCCCAGCACGGUGUCAGGGCAGAUCUUCUGUGUGUUUUAUGCCUUAUUCGGAGUGCCCCUCAACCUGGCCUUCCUUAAUCAGCUGGGGAAAGGUCUCAAUGCUCAUCUGCUUACCCUGGAAAGAUGGGUGCAAAAGCCAGGCCGUGCCCAGGUGGUUCAAACACUGGCAGUGGCCAUCUUCCUGUCCACUGGGACCUUGCUUUUUCUAGUGUUCCCACCAUUAGUCUUCAGUUACGUAGAAGGCUGGAGCUAUGGAGAAGGCUUUUACUUCACUUUCAUCACCCUGAGCACCAUUGGAUUUGGGGACUAUGUAGUAGGCACAAACCCCAACAAGCACUAUAUCCCUGUGUACAGGAGCCUAACUGCAAUUUGGAUUGUUUUUGGCUUGGCCUGGCUGGCUCUGGUCUUCAACGUGGGAGCUGACUUGAUGGAAAAAUUCCUUCAGAUAAAGUGGCACAAGUCUGACUUAAGCUUGGCAGAAGGAGCCACCACCAAAUUGGAAGAUGAACCUGAGCAGCCUAGAAUUCAUAUCCCUAGCUGAGCAAGGUACAAAG